GUACCCCAAUGAGUUUGAAAGUACACGUAUUAUUGGAGAAAGACAAUUCAGGAAAGCAGUGGAACUUUUCAAUGGAGCAUCUGAAACGUUAAAUGGGGAAAUUGAUUUUCGCCAUACAUAUGUUGAUUUUUCUAAACUUAAUGUAACAAUUCCAAAAGAAAGUGGAGGUACUGUGGUUGUAAAAACAUGUCCUGCAUCAAUGGGGUUUGCAUUCGCUGCCGGUACAACUGAUGGACCCGGCGCUUUUGAUUUCAAACAAGGGGAUGAUAAGGGUAAUCCAUUUUGGAAACUCGUCCGCAACUUGCUUAAAACUCCAAACAAGGAACAAGUGGACUGUCAACAUCCAAAGCCUAUUCUGCUUGAUACUGGGGAAAUGAAACAACCUUAUGAUUGGGCGCCUUCUAUACUUCCAGUUCAGAUUCUGAGGAUAGGGCAGCUUGUUAUUCUUAGUGUGCCUGGAGAGUUCACCACAAUGGCUGGGAGACGACUGAGAGAUGCUGUGAAAGAAGCUUUAACGAGUGAAGGUAGCAAAAAGUUUGGUAGCAAUAUACAUGUAGUCAUAGCUGGCCUGACAAAUACAUAUUCACAGUAUGUGACAACAUUCGAAGAGUACCAGAUACAGAGAUAUGAGGGCGCCUCCACUCUGUAUGGCCCACACACUCUCAGUGGCUACAUACAGGAAUUCAAGAAGCUUGCAUCAGCCCUCGUCAGCGGCCAGCCUGUUGAGCCGGGCCCACAACCCCCCGAUCUCUUAGACAAGCAGAUCAGCCUUCUCAGCCCAGUCGUGAUGGAUGCAACUCCAAUCGGCGUGAAUUUCGGUGAUGUCAGCUUAGACGUGCCCCAAAAUUCAACCUUCAAAAGAGGCGAAAAUGUGACCGUCGUUUUCUGGUCAGCCUGCCCGAGGAAUGACCUCAUGACUGAAGGCACGUUUGCAUUGGUGGAGAUUUUCAAAAAGAAGGACACUUGGCUGCCCGUUUAUGAUGACGAUGAUUUUUGCCUUCGGUUUAAGUGGUGGAGACCUUCGAAACUCAGUGCCAGGAGCUAUGCAGCGAUCGAGUGGCUAAUACCAAGAGAAGCUGAGCUGGGUAUUUACAGAAUUAGGCAUUUUGGUGCUGCGAAGCACCUUUUGGGACCGAUUAAGCAUUUUAAAGGUUCGUCUAGUGCUUUUGUGGUGGCAUGA